CGUCGCUUCAUGUAUACAUUUAAGCGCGUCCGCAACACAAAGCAGAGAGCUCAGACCCCCAUGGACCCCCUCCUCAUUUUGCUUGCCGCAUUCUCAUGCUCAAGCGCUCUUGGUGCGAUACACGAAAGGUUCGAGGACCUUCCGAUCCAGGGGUUCAAUUACAUAAUUGUGGGAGGUGGAACCGCAGGGAACGUACUCGCGAAUCGGUUGACAGAGGACCCGCACGUCUCCUUCCUUGUUCUCGGAGCUGGCACAUCGACCGUCGAUGUCAUCCUCUCAGAGGUCCCUUUCUUUUGCUCUGACGUAGUUCCGGGAACGCCCUGGGACUGGAACUUCACCACGACGGAGCAACCGGGAUUAAAAGGACGUUCCAUUCGACUGCCUCGAGGAUUUGGAUUACGUGGAAGUAGUGCUGUUACUGACUCGGACGUGUUACAAGAUGGCAUGGUUAGCGGUGACGAUACAUGGGAAUGGGAUGCCUCGCAACCGUACUUUCGAAAGAACGAACGUUUCAUAGGUUCAGUUGAUAACCACAACACAACCGGUCAAUUCGAUCCUGCUGCCCAUGACUUCGACGGUAUCAACCCUGUAUCUAUGCCUGGAUACCCACAGGGUACCGACAACCACGUCAUCCAGACAACGGCCGAAUUACCUGAUGAAUUCCCUUUCAAUCUGGAUUAUAACUCCGGAUAUCAUCUGGGCGUUGGAUGGACACCAGUCACCGUUGGAAACGGGACUCGAAGCAGCUCGCAGACGUCCUAUCUUGCUCCUGAGUAUGUGGAACGGCCGAAUCUGCACGUUCUGAUCCACACACAUGUCACUCGGAUCCUGCGGUCUAGGAAAGAGUAUCAUCUGUAACUGGCCUGCCAUUUCUUCACAGCCCCAUUUUUUUUAAUUUGUGUUUUCGUACAUGUUGUUAUCAUCUUGAAGGCGAGUCUCGGUCUGCUCCCUCUCUUUAAUGUUGGCUGGAAGGUGGUUCGAUGCUAGCUGUACGAUAUCGAUAAGUCUGGAUGACAACCUUAUUGUUCCCUUCAAGUUUCCGGCUGAUAUUUCUUUACCUCUGCCGAUGCAUUUAGCUAUUCGACCAUCCAUAUGCUGUUAUCUCCAAGGAACCUUACAUCCACGCCGGACCAGAAUGGCAAUGCUGUUGGCAGUAUUGCAGUGGGAGGCUUGCAGUAGGUAUAAUACUUAAUUGUUA